AUGACUGAAAGAGCUAAGCUGAUAUCGGCGUUCACCUGUCCAUUCGGGCAUUUCCAAUGGGUGCGUAUGCCAUUCGGGUUGAAAAACGCCCCACUGAUUUACCAACAGAUGAUCAACAAUUGCAUGUGGGGAUUUGUGCGGCUAUCACCCGAAGAAGAAGCACUCGUGGAUCAGGAUGUGUUAGGCUACUUGAAGUUGGAUUCUCAGUCGCCGUGUGAUGAAGUGGAUGCAGAAUGUAGCAUGACACCACUUGUGGAACAGAUGACGGUUUUCAGGCGUAACAUUCCCGCGCCAUCCCAAAUGGGGCCAGUCUUGGGGCGCAGUGCAUAUAUUGAUGACAUCGCGCAUGGGGCGGCCACGUGGACUAUGCGUAUCUCAGUUAGCUUGCCCAAGAGUGAAUUUGGGAAGCGUGUCAUACCAUAUCUCUCCCAUGAGAUUGGUGCUGAAGGGAUACGUGCCACCCCAAAAAUUGUAAAAGGCAUUCAGGAGUUACCGUUUCCGUCCACCCUGAAAGGAGUCCAGUCAUUUCUAGGCAGCCUGAAUUACUACCACAAAUUCAUCGAGGAUUAUGCUGUGGUAGCCGCUUCACGCUAUGAGCUGACCGACGACCAAGUGCGUGCAGGACGAGCCUUGUCUCGGGUGAAGGAAUCUUUCCAGAUCCUGAAGAGGAAGAUUGUGUCUACACCUCUACUCAGACACCCGGAUCGGACAAAACCUUUUGUGAUCAUCCCUCAUGCGAAUCAGUGGGCUGCUUGCGCAGUUCUAGGACAGAUGCAUGACGGACUUGUUCAACCGGUUCGUUUCACGGGGCGUAUCCUGAGUGACGCCGAGCUCAAGUACCAUAUUGCUGAGAAGGAGGUUCUCGCGGUGAUGCGAGUGCUCCAUGUGUUCAAGAAUCUGAUCGAAGGAUGUCCGUUGUGGGCCAUCAACUCCAAGACCGCCGAAGGCCGUCUGGUGCCAUGGGGCGUCGCUCUCUCGCAGUACGACUUGGAAAUUCGGAAGGUCAGUCGAGAUGAGGAUGGCCUAGCCGCCAUUAUGGGUGCAGGUAUCACUCCCAGGGAGCACUUGGAUGAAGUCGCCGAAGUACUCAUUCCAGCCAAGGUGCGCGUCAAGCCGCCUCUGUCGAAAUGCUCUCGGAAGAAUACUCCGGAGUAG